CAGAGUCGGCUCUUAUUGGUGUGCACAAAGGUAACAAUAUUAUUUUCAAUUUGUACGGAAGUAGUGUAACGCUUAUUUUGGAAUAAGUUAAAAGUACUUGAGAAAACGGCUUAAAAGAUGUCAGGAAAAUCAAAAGCAUUUACAAAAGAAGAAGAACUCCUUCUUCAAGACUUCUCAAGAAAUGUAUCAACGAAAUCAUCUGCUUUAUUUUAUGGCAAUGCUUUCAUUGUUUCGGCAAUUCCCAUCUGGCUUUUUUGGAGGAUUCAUUUGAUCGACAUCUACGCCAAUUUAAUUUCCUUUGUUUUAGUUACAUUAGCGAGUACAUACGCUCUUGCGCUCGCGUAUAAAAAUACGAAAUUUGUGUUGAAGCAUAAGAUUGCAGUAAAAAGGGAAGAUGCAGUUACAAAGGAAAUGAGUAGAAAAUUAGCAGAAGACAAGAAAAUGAGCAAAAAAGAAAAGGAUGAAAGAAUUUUAUGGAAGAAAAAUGAAGUAGCUGAUUAUGAAGCAACAACAUUUUCCAUAUUCUAUAAUAAUGCUUUAUUCCUAGCUCUUGUAAUUGUAUCAUCUUUCUACAUCUUGAAAACAUUUACACCAGCUGUAAAUUAUAUACUUUCCGUGGGUGCGACGAGUGCGUUGCUAGCGUUAUUAUCAACUGGAUCUCAAUAAAAUUUUAUUGUAUGAAA